AUAUAAAUUCACAAGGACUAACCCCACACCGCUAUGGGAAUUAAAGGACUCUCCCAAGUGAUUGCUGAUAAUGCUCCCUCCGCGAUUAAAGUCAACGAGAUGAAGGCGUUCUUCGGAAGAACAGUAGCAAUCGACGCAUCAAUGUGCCUCUACCAAUUCCUCAUUGCUGUUCGUCAAGAUGGUUCCCAGCUUCAAAGUGAAGAUGGAGAAACCACAAGUCACUUGAUGGGAAUGCUGAAUCGUACGGUUCGAAUGUUCGAGAACGGAGUGAAGCCUGUCUACGUUUUCGACGGAAAACCACCGGAUAUGAAGGGUGGAGAGCUUGAAAAACGUUCCGAGCGUCGUGCUGAAGCAGAAAAAGCGCUGACUGAGGCCAAGGAGAAGGGAGAUGUUAAGGAAGCGGAGAAGUUCGAGAGAAGACUCGUAAAAGUCACAAAACAACAGAACGACGAGGCGAAGCGUUUGCUGGGAUUAAUGGGAAUUCCAGUUGUCGAGGCUCCAUGCGAGGCAGAAGCUCAGUGUGCUCAUCUCGUGAAAGCUGGAAAAGUAUUCGGAACUGUCACUGAGGAUAUGGACGCGCUGACCUUCGGCUCCACGGUUCUUCUCAGACAUUUCCUGGCUCCAGUCGCCAAGAAAAUCCCGAUCAAGGAGUUCAAUCUUUCUUUGGCUCUCGAAGAAAUGAAGCUAAGCGUUGAGGAAUUUAUUGAUUUGUGUAUUCUUCUCGGCUGUGACUAUUGUGGAACUAUUCGAGGCGUCGGGCCUAAGAAGGCUGUUGAGCUGAUCAGACAGCACAAGAAUAUUGAGACGAUUCUUGAGAAUAUCGAUCAAAAUAAAUACCCACCACCAGAGGAUUGGCCAUACAAGCGUGCUCGUGAGCUUUUCCUCAAUCCAGAAGUGACAAAACCGGAAGAAGUUGAACUGACAUGGAAGGAAGCCGAUGUCGAAGGUGUCAUUCAGUUCUUGUGCGGAGAGAAGAACUUCAAUGAGGAGCGCAUCCGAAACGCGUUGGCAAAACUGAAGACUAGCCGUAAAUCUGGAACACAAGGACGAAUUGACUCGUUCUUCGGAAACUCGACCAAGGUUACAUGUGUGACAGCUGCGACAAAACGAAAGGCGGAGGAAGCUGAGAAGGCGAAGAAGGGAGCAAAGAAGGGUGGACCACCGAAGAAGAGAGCCAAGUAGCUCACACUAACUAUUCAAUUUCUUAUUUGAUUUUUGUGAAAUAUUGAUUGAAACGAAAUAAGGUUUUUAUUUACCUUUAUCCUUUUUUUAAUGGAACACACAAAGCUAAGAAAACAAUAAAAAAUUUGGAAAUUU